ACAUAAGCAGAGAGCUCUGUUUUCUCUUCGCGGAAUUUGUGAGUCAGAAUCAGAAUCGAUUUUUAAUUUUUACUGCAAAAAGUAUAAAUUAUAAUUAAUUGGAUCUGAAAGAAAAUUAUGAAAAAGACUGAUCGACUAACCAUGGAAGAAUUGAGCUUUAAACAACUUUGCAGCUUAUUUUGCUGUCCGCCAUGUCCAUCAAAAAUAACUGCUAAAAUGGCUUUUCUGCCUCCAAAAAUAACUUAUAAUUUGAAUGAAGUAAAGCAUGAAGACGAAACAGAUGGUGCCACUGAUUCCAGCAGUAGUAAAAAAAAUCAGGAAAAUAAGAAAAAAUAUGAAUUUGUAUUUAUGCCAGAAUAUAUUGAGAGUGGAAUAGGAAUGGACGAUGAAUUUAUGAAAAAACACUUUGAGACAUUCUACACAAAAACAAAACGGGGAAAUAAGAUUGCAUGUCUUUAUAUUCGUAACCCAAAAAAGGAUGUAAAGUAUACCAUACUGUUUUCUCAUGGAAAUGCCGCUGAUCUGGGAAUGCUCACAAGUUUCUAUUCACGUCUAGUGCAUCACCUUAAUGUGAAUCUCUUUAGCUAUGAUUAUUCUGGAUAUGGUCGAUCUUCUGGACAGCCGUCUGAGAAAAAUCUUUACUCUGAUAUUGAAGCUGCAUGGGACGAGCUCAUCAAACGAUAUGAUAUUAAGCAUGAUGAUAUAAUAUUAUAUGGGCAAUCAAUAGGAACAGCGCCUGUGGUUGAUUUAGCGGCCAAAUUUGAGUCAGCGGGUGUUGUUCUUCACUCACCACUGAUGUCAGGAAUUCGAUUGUUAUUACCAGUCAAGCGAACAUGGAUCUGUGAUGCCUUUCCCAUAAUUGACAAAAUCUCCAAAAUUAAAAGUCCAACUCUUAUCAUUCAUGGAACACAUGAUGAAAUUAUAAACUUUUCUCACGGUCUCCAAAUAUAUGAUCAAUGUCAGAAUGCAGUUGAACCAUUAUGGGUGAAAGGAGCUGGUCAUAAUGACAUUGAACAAUUCAAAUCGUAUUUCGAAAGACUUCAAAACUUUAUGAAUCACGAUCUCAAAGAUAAAUGACAUACGAAGAAAUUAGAUGAGAGUGAUGAGAAUAUUUUAACAGAAGACGAAAUUCAACUGAAAGAUAAUCUGAAUGUAAUUUCAUCGUCAAAUAUUAGCAAAUCAUCUUCAGCUUCUCAGAUUGAACAAAUUAAAAAAUCUGAACUUGUCGAUACUAUUACUUAGCAUCAAUUUCAACAACUGUCACAAAAUUCUUCGACUUAUUGCUUUUGUCAAUCAACUCGAUUAUCUGCUGGUUACAUAGCAACAACCAAUGAUAUUAUCGAAGUUAGUCUUAAAUUCAAGAAAACUCAUCGAACUAAUGGCAAUAGUAUAUGCAAUGACUUUACUGAAAACGGCAAUUUAAAUUUCUUGGAAUUAAAUUAUGAUACCAUCAAAAAUGUGUGUUCAAACGAAAAGGUUCAUCAAUGCAUGUGUGACUUACUUUCGCACGUUCUAGAGAAAAACCCGGUGGAGAAACAUCACGAAAAAAUAUUUGAGAAAUCUGAAAAAACUCAAAUAAAUGUAAUACGAGACUGCGAAUCCAAUAAUGAAAUCACUGAGAAAAGACAUUCUUCACAUCGUUCUUCUUUAAAGUCAUCACAAUCAAUGGAAGCUAAUUUGGAAAAAAUGUCAUUCGAUAAUUUGAAAAAUGUAAAUUGUGAAAAGUCGUCAAAAGCAAAAUCAGCUAAUCAUCUUAAUGAAGAAAGUGACAUUGGUAAUGAAUAUAUAGAGAACGGUGAAUCCAUUGAGUUGAUUUUUAUAUCAGAUGAGUUUAUUUCUAAUUCCAUUCAAAAACAAGAACAAGAAAUAAUAGUUUUGGACGAAAAAAACGGAAAGCGAGCUAACAAUAAAAAAAUUGUAGUAAUCAACGAAAAGUUUAAGGACAGAGUACUGCGAAAUAACUCAAUUGUAGUUACAAACGUAAAGAAAAAAGCAAAAACUUUAACAAAAGCUCAUUCGAAAGCUUAUAACACAACAUCAAGCGGAAUAUACGAUGAACCAAAACUAGAAAUGGAAAGCAAAAAAAUUAUUAAUUCAAGGAGCAGUUAUAAGCUUUUGUAAAUUAAUUAAAUUAAAAAGUGUAGGUUUAAGAAAAAUCACCAUUUAUGUGAAUUGAUAACAAGUUGAUAAAUUUAACGCAACGGUUUAUGGAAUUUUAAUUUUGUAGUUGCCGUCCAGCGGUUUAUUCUAGAACUACCUACCGCUAAUCUCAAUUUUAUAUUUCGGAGUGGUUUAAAAUAUCUAAUAAAAUAUCUAACAAAAUUUUCAAUAUUUCAUUCGUAAAUAAAAUUCAAUAAAAUGGCUAAUAUUGCAAAGCGACUAAUUCCACUUCUUGAUCGUGUGCUUAUCCAGCGUGCAGAAGCAAUUUCCAAAACUGCAGGUGGUAUUGUUAUUCCAGAAAAAGCACAAAAUAAGGUUUUGAAAGGUGUUGUUAUUGCUGUUGGACCUGGAACUAGAAAUCAAACUGGACAAAAUAUUCCAAUGGGUGUGAAAGUUGGAGAUCAAGUGUUGCUCCCUGAAUUUGGUGGCACUAAGGUUGAAUUAGAGGAUCAGAAAGAAUACCAUUUAUUCCGCGAGUCAGAUAUACUUGCUAAAUUAGAAUAAAUGUUAGACAUUAUCUCGUGCAUAUUAAUUCUAAGUACUUGUAGUAAUAAGUUUAACGAUGACACAAGGUAUUCAGAGAAUUCUGUCAGAUUAUUCUGCUGCCAAAUUACAGAAGAGUUUCAUUUUGUCUCGAGUAAUUGAAUGAUUUGACAGUGAAAAACUUGAAAACUUGUCUCAUCGUUGGCCAAAGUCAAUCCUGAUUUAUUCGAUCUAAUGUAGCAGAAACUGAAUAAAAGUGAAAUCAUUUUUUAAUAAAAA